CUCCAGCAUCAUACCCAAUCCUUGUCUUGUUUUGUUGUCCAGGUCCUGAAUUUGCUAUUUUGAGUUUUCCUUUUCUCCUCUUAAGCGGAGUGAAUUUUUGUUUGUAAAGUUUUCAAGUCGCGGUGAUGUCAGACGCCGACGUGGACGAGCUCUCCCAGCUGGAGUUCUUAUCGCUGGUGUCCAAAGUGUGCACGGAGCUCGACAACCAUCUUGGAAUCAGCGACAAAGACUUAGCGGAGUUUGUCAUAAGCCUGGCGGAAAAAAACCAGACGUUUGACGGAUUCAAAGCGCUUCUGCUCGAAAAUGGAGCAGAAUUCACUGAUUCUCUCAUUGGCAACUUGCUCAGGCUCAUUCAGACCAUGAGACCCCCAUCUAAAGUGUCUUCAAGUAAAGAAACUUGUGACGUUCUGAUGCCAAAGUCAGAGAAGGACAAACUGAAGGAGUUGUUCCCCGCGCUGUGCCGAGCCAACGAGCCGCCACCGAAGGUCCUCGACGAAGAGGACGUGAAGGUGGCGGCCGACGCCAUGAAGGAGCUGGAGAUGUUCAUGCCCAGUGUGAGCACCACGGUCCCUAAAAGGGAAAAGAGCCGCUCGGAGAAGGGCAGACGGCGCAGCCGGAGUCGCAGCAGAAGCAGGGAUCGACACAGGCACCGGGACAGGGACAGGGACCGCAGGAGCCACCGCUCACGUUCCAGGUCGCGAUCCAGAGACCGUGAUCGCCAAAGAGAUAGAGACCGCGACCGCUCUAGGAGGAGAGACCGGUCCUCCCGCUGGAGCGAGCGCUCGCCAAGCCCCAGGAAAGAUCAAGAGCGAGACUGGAAGGACAAGCACGUGGACCGCCCCCCUCCGGAGGAGCCCUCUGUUGGCGACAUCUACAACGGAAAAGUGACCAGCAUCAUGCAGUUUGGAUGCUUCGUGCAGCUGGAGGGGCUCAGGAAGCGAUGGGAAGGGCUGGUCCACAUCUCUGAGCUGCGACGAGAAGGCCGAGUGGCCAACGUGGCGGAUGUGGUCAGCAAAGGCCAAAGGGUCAAGAUCAAAGUGCUGUCCUUCACAGGCUCCAAGACCAGCCUCAGCAUGAAGGACGUGGACCAGGAGACGGGCGAGGACCUGAACCCCAACCGGAGGAGGAACGUGGGUCCAGACGGCGGCGAGGAGGUGACCAUGAGGAACCCGGACGGGCCGAGCAACCUCAACCUGGGUCAGACCCGCGAGUUGGAACAAGACGACACGCUGGAGAGGAAGAGGCUCACCAAAAUCUCCGAUCCGGAAAAGUGGGAGAUCAAGCAGAUGAUCGCCGCCAAUGUUUUGUCUAAAGAAGAGUUCCCCGACUUUGACGACGAGACUGGGAUUCUUCCCAAAGUCGACGAUGAGGAAGACGAAGACUUAGAAAUUGAGUUAGUUGAAGAGGAGCCGCCUUUCCUGAGAGGACACACCAAGCAGAGCAUGGACAUGAGCCCCGUCAAGAUCGUCAAGAAUCCAGACGGCUCGUUGUCCCAGGCGGCCAUGAUGCAGAGCGCUCUGGCCAAAGAGAGGCGGGAGCUGAAGCAGGCGGCACGGGAGGCCGAGAUGGACUCCAUCCCCAUGGGACUGAACAAGCACUGGGUGGACCCACUGCCGGACGCUGACGGCAGGCAGAUUGCGGCAAACAUGAGAGGCAUCGGCAUGAUGCCCAAUGACAUUCCCGAGUGGAAGAAGCACGCCUUUGGAGGCAACAAGGCCUCGUAUGGAAAGAAGACCCAGCUCUCCAUCCUGGAGCAGAGGGAGAGUUUGCCCAUCUACAAGCUGAAAGAGCAGCUCAUUCAGGCCGUGCACGACAACCAGAUCCUGAUCGUCAUCGGAGAAACCGGGUCUGGCAAGACCACGCAGAUCACGCAGUACUUGGCGGAGGCGGGAUACACUACAAGGGGAAAGAUUGGCUGCACGCAGCCUCGCCGUGUGGCCGCCAUGUCUGUGGCCAAGAGAGUGUCGGAGGAGUACGGAUGCUGCUUGGGACAGGAGGUGGGCUACACCAUCAGGUUCGAGGACUGCACCAGCCCAGAGACGGUGAUCAAGUACAUGACGGACGGCAUGUUGCUCCGAGAGUGUCUGAUCGACUCGGAGCUGGGCCAGUACGCCAUCAUCAUGCUGGACGAAGCUCACGAGAGGACCAUCCACACCGACGUCCUCUUCGGUCUGCUCAAGAAGACUGUCCAGAAGCGCACGGACAUGAAGCUGAUUGUCACCUCGGCCACUCUGGACGCUGUCAAGUUCUCCCAAUACUUCUACGAGGCGCCCAUCUUCACCAUCCCAGGAAGAACGUAUCCUGUGGAGGUCCUGUACACCAAAGAACCUGAGACGGACUACCUGGACGCCAGCCUCAUCACCGUCAUGCAGAUCCACCUGACAGAACCUCCAGGUGACGUCCUGGUCUUUCUGACUGGACAGGAAGAGAUCGACACCGCCUGCGAGAUCCUCUACGAGCGCAUGAAGUCGCUCGGACCCGACGUUCCUGAACUCAUCAUUCUGCCCGUUUACUCGGCACUGCCCAGCGAGAUGCAGACCAGGAUCUUUGACCCUGCACCCCCCGGCAGCAGAAAGGUCGUCAUAGCUACCAACAUCGCUGAGACGUCCCUGACCAUCGACGGCAUCUACUACGUGGUGGACCCGGGCUUUGUCAAGCAAAAAGUCUACAACUCAAAGACGGGCAUCGACCAGCUGGUGGUGACGCCCAUCUCACAGGCUCAAGCCAAGCAGAGGGCGGGCCGAGCCGGCAGAACGGGUCCAGGGAAGUGCUACCGCCUCUACACGGAGAGGGCCUACAGGGAUGAGAUGUUGACCACCAACGUACCUGAGAUCCAGAGGACCAACCUGGCCAGCACGGUGCUCUCUCUGAAGGCCAUGGGCAUCAACGACCUCCUCUCCUUCGACUUCAUGGACGCUCCUCCAAUGGAGACGCUGAUCACAGCCAUGGAGCAGCUCUACACUCUGGGAGCUCUGGAUGAUGAGGGUCUGCUCACACGACUGGGCAGGAGGAUGGCAGAGUUCCCUCUGGAGCCCAUGUUGUGUAAGAUGUUGAUCAUGUCCGUACAUCUGGGCUGCAGUGAAGAGAUGCUCACCAUCGUGUCCAUGUUGUCCGUGCAGAACGUCUUCUACAGGCCAAAGGACAAGCAGGCCUUGGCUGACCAGAAGAAGGCCAAGUUCCACCAGCCCGAAGGCGACCAUCUCACCCUGCUGGCCGUCUACAACUCGUGGAAGAACAACAAGUUCUCUAACCCCUGGUGCUACGAGAACUUCAUCCAGGCCCGCUCGCUGAGGAGAGGGCAGGACAUCCGCAAGCAGAUGUUGGGCAUCAUGGACAGACACAAGUUGGAUGUGGUCUCGUGUGGAAAGGCCACCGUGCGGGUGCAGAAAGCAAUCUGCAGCGGUUUCUUCCGCAACGCGGCCAAGAAGGACCCUCAGGAGGGCUACAGAACCCUCAUCGACCAGCAGGUGGUCUACAUCCACCCCUCCAGCGCUUUGUUCAACCGCCAGCCCGAAUGGGUUGUGUACCACGAGCUGGUGCUGACCACCAAGGAGUACAUGCGUGAGGUGACCACCAUCGACCCGCGCUGGCUGGUGGAGUUUGCUCCAGCCUUCUUCAAGGUGUCUGACCCGACCCGCCUCAGCAAGCAGAAGAAACAACAACGCUUGGAGCCUCUGUACAAUCGCUACGAGGAACCCAACGCCUGGAGGAUCUCGCGAGCCUUCAGACGCCGUUAAAAACUUUGGUCCUGGUUACUAUGGUAACUUCACAUUUACACUUCUUUUUUUUUUGACAGUUUUGAUUCACUGGUCAAUCAUGAAGUUUGUCGUCUGUGUUGUGUGUGAAACAGCACUAUUUAUUUUAUUUUUCUUGUAAAAACGUCCCGCAGUUCAUAAGAUCUGAAAACCUUGAGGUUUUGCUUUUUUUAAUCUCCCUGUCUGUGAAUACAACGUUGUUAUAAAUACACACAUCCUUGCUAGUCCGUUUGUAAAAAUGUCUUUUAUUAAAUGCAAAAUGGUCUUAA